AGCAUAAGGGUUGGUUAGUGAUAGUGGGACACGAGUAAGGCACGAAAAAAAUCUGUUCCAUAACUAAGCCGAUUCCGUUAUCAUCAGUUUUUCCUUAUCUAUGUAGCUACGGCUCGCGUUGUGAACACAGAAAUUAUGAGCGCCGCAAAUCCUGGGCAAGUUUCAGCCAAGCUCUCGAAGCUGGCGACGCUUGAUGAAAUCGAGGCCUACCUUUUUCGCGGAAGCGAGGCCUGGUCGAAUGCUGGGCGCACUAGCCGCGAUGCUCAGGAGCAAGAAAAACAUGUCGCGGCUCCUCGACUAUUGACUUAUCGAAAAUGCCUUGAGCUUUCCUGCGCCCGCGAGAACUGGCAAACAAAGACCGUUCUAGAUCGCUUCGUCGAUGGUGCCGAAGAGGAGGCUAGAAGUCCCUCCACGUCCUCUAAAUCGAAGAAGGAGAAAAGCGCCGUGGAGGACGAAGACCUCUCCGCUAAGCCAGAUUUGCAGGUUAUGAAGGAGGUGGAAACUUUGCAGAACCUGCAUCUAGAGUGGCAGUCGCUAGGUCCCUGUGUCGGAGUCGCGCUGCAUCCGUUCCGGAGUCUAGUGAAUCUGUACUUGCAGUACAACCGUUUAGGCGACACCGUAUGGACCGAGGUGGCAGGGCUCGACAGACUGGAACUGUUAGCGCUGCAACACAACCAACUCACGACGCUGGCAGCCAAUUUUCAAUUGCCAGUUGCGGAUCCGACGACUGAGGAGAUGCGAAAAUCACUGUUGGUGAGCGAUUCACACCUUGUUUUGUUGUAUCCGCAAUGCGGUGAAGAUGUGAUGCACGGCAUGACUAUGAUCGUAAAUCGAUGACACUACUAUAUUCGCAAGCUCUACUAGAAGUGCUGCUUGCUCAGGAAAUGAAACAUACUCCACUCGUCUCUUACCAGGUUCUUGACGUUAGUGGUAAUCGCAUCGAAUCGUUUGCGGUUGAGAAAUUGCCGGAGUCUCUCUGCAUUCUGAAUGUCAUGGGGAACCCCGUAUCUCUUGCCCUAUCAGAUGCGCUGCAACGCUGUCCCGAUCUUCAGGUGUUCAAUGGUGCGGAACUUGAGACAGCAACGGCCGUUGAGUCUACAAAGGCAAAAGGUGACGAUGCCGCACUAGAUGUGGUCGGAGUGCUUGCGCAAGGAGGAGAUGAAAACGUAGAAGAUGAGAAACUUUUUGAUCAGAAAACCGAAGACGAUCUGCAGGCAUCUAAAGUCCAGCUCCUUGAAGGUAUCCGUGCGGAAUUUCUCGCUCUCGACGAGGCAAAAAUUUUGGCAGCGGCCGAAGAUCAGGACAAGAAAGGUCCAACUGCUGGCGUACCUUCCCGAGAAACUAACAUUGCCGCGGGGGCCACAAGAGCGGCGGAAGAACAGAACCGCACCACCAGUGAGGAGGAGCAGCCUGCGGCUGAAGUCGCUGAGUUUGGAGACGAAGAUGCAGCGGCUGAUGCCGAGGUCUUGCGUGCAUUGGCAGAAAAGAAAACACUCUUGCGUAGGAAGCGACAAAUCGAAGGUGAAAUGGAGCUUGCCAUUCAGCUUUUCGAAAAAGAGCUAGCACAGCAGCGACUCGAAGAAGCUGCGAUUGACGAGGUUGAUGGUGCAGAGGGAGAUAAUGGAGAAGAAGAUGAAGAUAGAAGAGAAAAUAUGGGGAACGAGGAGCUCGAACUGGGCGACAUUGAGAAUAAAGCAAAGAAAUCUGACGAGAAGAACAAAAAUAAUGAUAUAGAUAAAAACGUCAGCACUAAGACAUUGACGCGACGCGCAAAACUUCGAAGGCAACGGAAAGAGUUGGAGCUUUUUGAAGACAGUCUCUCCCUCGAAGAUCAGUAUCAGCUGUGGAAACGUGCUCGUGAAGUGACAGCGCGUGCGUCACUUCCAAAUUGAUAGACAUUACUUCCUAUGGACUGAGGCUCGAGGCAGGACCAAUCGACCAAUACUCUUUUUUGUACAGGUUGAAAAUGAAAAUCUUGCUAGUACUAUUCUUCACGACAUGCAUAUUAAUGUGAGCUCCGAUUUAAUGAAUAAGUAAGUAGCGAAAAGAAGGCAGACGAG